UUAAGCUGUUAAGCGCUCAAUCAUUAACCUCCAUCCACUAUAGGAAUUAGGAAUAUAUAUAUGAUAACACCCCCCGUUCUCCUCCAUCUCCUUUUUCAUAAUUCGGCAAAGGAAAGCAAGCAAGAAAAUCAAAACUCAAUAGUCCUCGCGCCAAAAACAAAACGCUCAGAAUGAAAGCUUAUCAAACACCAUCAAAAAAAGAACACUACUCUCGAACUUCUUCUGAUCGCAUAUGCAAGGAUUCUCUGUUGAAGAAGCCUCUGAAGAAUGCCAAGAAAAGCUUGGACGGUGCGUUUAUCUCGGCUACUCAAGGUGUUUCUCCGGAAAUCAUCAAGGAAUCGAGUGAUUUAUCUCCGGUUUCGGAGAUCUCUGAUGCUAAUCAUUGUAGCCAAACAGCAUCAGUAAAUUUCUCCUCGUUUCAUUCAAAUCGUAUCUCCGUGUUAGCUUUAAAUCCAGUUGUUUCAGCUUCAACAGAAAUAUCCUCUCUCCCAGAUAUUACCCCAAAUUCAAACACCAUCACCAUCACUGAUGAUUUGGGCAGUAUUUCUACGGAUUGUUAUGGUGUUAACAAGCAAUGCAACUCGAAGAUCGGUCAAGUGGAGGGACUGGAGGCAGAUAUUGUGGUGAAUCUUCUCAAACAAGCUCGAAUUGAGGUUUCGAAAGCAGAUGUUCAAUCAAAGAAGCUUCUGGAUGCAUUAAUUAAGGUUGUCAUAGAUGAAUUUUACACUCUAACAGGAGAGAAAGACUUGACAAAUUGUUUUGUUUCUAUGAAAGGGCGUGUCGUAUGUUUGUGUUUUUUGAUUUGGAGCUUUGCGGUGUCUGGGUUCCUCUUGUUUGAUCUGGGAUUGGGUAGCUCCGGUGGUGGACCGCCGCCUACUUAAACUAUUUAGAGGAAAGUGUAUGAAUUUUGUUUGGCGGGUUUAGUUCUGUUCAUUUAUGAUAUGCCAUUGAAAUUCUUUGAUUGACCUUACAA